UUUUCUUUCAUGAAACUAGGCUGAAAUUGUGAUUUGAUAUUGUGACGGUAAUCACGCGUUAGGGAGAGGGUGACGGUAGAACUCUACAGUACGAUAGAAAAAUCACGUACGAUAUCAUCGCUCAUUACUUUUAGUCAAUUUAGAGACGUUAUAUAGUUAUUGUUAGUGCUCACACUAUUUUAUGUUAUUUGAGAUCAAUCAAUCGCAGAUUUGACAUUGACAUAAUAUUAUAAUUCUUAUAACCGAUUUUUAAAGCGUAUAAAAGGUCGUGUUAUUGGCUACUUAGUAUCAACAUUCAAUAUCGCUGCUGCGCAAAAUAAGACAUUACAUCCACAAUUACAAACACAAUUUGAAUUAUAAUAAUUUAUCAAAGGACGACCUCAUUGUGCUUGGAAGCCUCGACUCCAAGAUCAUACCUCGAGAGGUAGAUGAGGCCUUCAAAUUCUAAUUGCCAAACAAUUGAUUACGUAGAACUGUAGUAUAUGAACGACCCCUUACCAUAAAUAGUCCUGGAUUCUUGGAUUUUUACCAGGAUAUUUCCUAACACUGAUCUAUUAUCAGGUAUGGUCCAGGUUCAUUUAGGAGCACUGAUACUAAUCAGCUGGAUUACCCUCGGAUCUGGAGAUAUGACAGCACUGCUCUCAUCAGAACCAAAUGAUUACAGCGACUUAGUCCUUAAUAAGACGGAAGGAGCCCUGCCCACCUGGUUAAAAGGAGAUCUUUACAGAGUAGGACCUGGUCUGUUUGAGCACGGUGGACGGUCCGUCAACAAUAUCGUUGAUGGCUUAGCUAAAAUCCAUGGCUGGAAUUUUGAUGGAGAUGGAACCGUGAAGUACACCGCAAAGAUGAUCCCUUCACAUCUUUAUAACAAGACGAUGAAAGACAAUAUCCUGGCUCCUAACGCGUAUAUGGGUGAUGUUGUACCCGAUCUUACCAUGCAAGAGGAACUUCAGGUUAUGAUGGCCAAACCGGAGCAAAAAGACAACGCCAACAUCGCUAUAUGGGAUCUGGAUAACGGUAAAAGUGUAACAGUUACAACAGAGAGCCCGAUGAUGGAACAAAUGCUACCUCAUUCCUUGAAGUACAAACAACCUCUGCUUAGUGGAGCUGUUGCUACAAUCGGAUCAACCAGAACGGCUAUGUUCUCCGCGGCUCACUACGCCAAGCACGUCUCUGGAACCAGCUUCAACUACAUCCUUUCCAUGUCCAUGCUCCCAUGGAAGAUGUCGAAACUAUCCUACGACUUUUUCGAGUACUCAGCGACCAGUUCCGGAGAAAUUAAGACAAGAAAGAUAGGCAGCAUCCCCCGAUCAAUGUCUGAUAUCAGGAUGCUUCACAUGUUUGGUGCCACAGAAAACUUCAUUGUUGUACCACUGUGGAAUCUCCAGUUCUCCCCAGAGUCCUUCAUGAAUAUAAUGUUUGAUAUGACCCAUUUGUGCCACAGCAUGCGCUUUACAUACGACAACCCCUUCUACUUCCAUGUCAUCUCAAUAGCAACAGGAGAACUUCACACAUUUGAACUGCCCCCAGCAAGAGGAGUUCACGUCAUGAACUCUUUCGAGAGGACCAACUUUAAGGGAGAGACGGAAGUAGUGAUGGACGCUCCAACUACUUCUGAUGUCCACGCACUUGAUCUGAACAAGCACUGCCUUUUCGAUGUCUUGAAGGUCCCUAACAUGAAAGACCCUGAAUUUAUGUACAAGAACAUGCCUUGGAACACCACGCUCAGACGUUAUAUCCUCAACAUCAACACCAACCAGUAUACCAUAGAGGAUUUACCCAGGAACUGGGAGCCAGUUGAUGCCUUAGUCGAGUUUCCUUUUAUCAAUCCAGCUUACGUAGGAAAGGAAUACUGCUUCUGUUACUUCCAGCAGUGGCAGAUGAACCCCAAUAACAUGGACUUGCUGAAGUAUGACCUCUGCAAGAAGACCUCUACCACUUGGCACGAGGAUGGCAAGCUUGUGAUGGAGCCAGUCUUUGCAGCAAACCCUAAACCCACUUCAGAAGACGAUGGAGUGAUAGUGGCACAUGUUUAUGACACGAUCAACAGUACGACUGAGCUGAUAGUUUGGAACGCUAAAGAUUUGAAGGUUUUAGCUAGGUUUGAUAAUUUAGUAAAGGUUCCUUAUACCAUACAUGGCUGGUGGUUCAGUGAUUAACAGUUUACUUUUAGUGAGUUUUAGAUUUUAAGCCAUAGGACUAUUAAAUCGUAAUAAGGUUAUGAAGACCCUAGCAUCUUAUUUGUUAAUUGCUAUACAACUGUGUAAGUCCUAAAACUGUACAAAUUUUGUAAAUUCUCAUGUCACAAUUGAAAUUGAGACUUCAGCCAAUAUCGAUUUCGGCUUGUUCGCCAAUCACUAAUGGAAUGAUUCCGAGAACCACCA